ACGGCACAUGCCCGACUGCCAACUCUCAGCUGGUUGCUCAAAGCCAUCCACCCACCAACAUCACACAACACACACACCGUUCAGACCUUAAACAUUCCUAGCAAGUGUAAAAAUGUGCACCACCAUGCCGCCUCAUUGUUGUUGAAAAGUUUCAUAGAUUAACAAUUACAAUGUUUAUCGAUCGUUAAUUGUGGUACAAUUGCUAUAUGUGAAAUGUAGUUUAUAAGUUAAAUUGCCGUUAAGGCAGGAUUUUCUCGGCUGAACUGUCACAGAAACGGCCUCACCAUUGCGAAUAUAAUCCCCAUUAUGAUUCUUGGGCGCAAGCAGAGCCUCAAGGGGGAGCACAUCCUGGCAGAUUACGGCCCGGAGGAGUCCCUCAAUGAGAGCGCAGACAUUGAAUGGGUGAAUAAGGGUUGGGUGAUGAAACUAAUGCCUUGGUGUGCCCUCGUAUCACUAGCAUCAGUCUGUCUAAACACACCAAAAACGUUUGAAGAGAUUCCAGAGCUCCAAUACAUGACAUUCGCAUUGGAUCUCAUCAUCACAUUCCUGUUCACUGCCGAAAUGAUUGCCAAAAUGCAUAUCCGAGGAAUUUUAAAAAGAGAUAACGCAUAUUUGAAAGACUACUGGUGCCAAUUCGACGCGACAAUGGUCCUCUUCCUCUGGUUUUCUGUAAUUCUACAAAUGUUUGAGAUGCUUGAGUUUGUUCCAAAGUUCAGCGCAGCGUCCGUAAUUCGAGCACCAAGGCCACUUAUCGUAUUUCGUUUUAUAAGGAUUUUCCUCAAAUUUCAGAUGCAAAAGGAAAGGAUUAAUCAAAUUUUCAAACGUUCGAGUCAACAAAUUUACAACGUAACUCUCUUCUUCGGCUUCUUCAUGUCCCUCUACAGUCUUCUGGGGGUACAAUUUUUCGGUGAACUAACGAAUCACUGUGUCUUGAAUAACACAGAUCAGAAACACAUCACUAUAAAUAGUUUAGCAAUACCCGAUACCUAUUGUUCGACUGAUCCCGAGUCUGGAUAUCAAUGCCCUGAGGGAAUGACCUGCAUGAAACUGGAGUUAUCCAAGUACAUCAUGGGAUUCAACGGUUUCGAUCAAUUCUUCAUCAGUAUCUUCACGGUUUAUCAAGCGGCGUCUCAAGAGGGCUGGGUUUUCAUUAUGUAUAGAGCAAUCGAUAGUCUUCCCGCUUGGCGAGCAAUUCUAUACUUCAGCACAAUGAUAUUCUUUCUCGCUUGGCUCGUUAAGAACGUCUUCAUCGCUGUUAUUACAGAAACUUUCAACGAAAUACGAGUGCAGUUUCAAGCAGAAGGACAGAGAACACACACCAGCACCUCAGAGUCCCAGCUUCUCUGCGAUGAAGCCAACGGUUGGAAACUGGUAACUCUAGAUGACACUAAGCAUGGAGGACUAGCAGCUUCUCCCCUCUGUCAGGCCAUUCUUCGAUCUCCCCAAUUUCGAAUGAUCGUGAUGUGUGCCAUUCUCGCAAAUGGACUUACAACUGCCACUAUGACUUUCAAACACGAUGAGAGACCACGAAACACAUAUUACAAUAAUUAUUACUACGCAGAAAUUGCCUUCACUAUUUUUCUGGAUCUCGAGACUCUGUUCAAGAUCUGGUGUCUAGGUUUUCGAAGUUACUAUAAACAUUCUAUUCACAAAUUUGAACUUCUACUGGCCAUUGGGACGACUAUACAUAUACUACCAUUUUGUUACAUGACUGCAUUCACAUAUUUUCAGGUGUUGAGGGUCGUAAGACUCAUAAAGGCAUCGCCCAUGUUGGAGGGUUUUGUUUAUAAAAUUUUUGGACCUGGAAAAAAACUUGGCAGUCUUAUUAUUUUUACCAUGUGCCUGCUGGUCGUUACUUCGAGCAUAUCCAUGCAACUAUUCUGUUUCCUAUGUGGUUUCACAAAGUUUGAGACAUUUCCAGAGGCAUUUAUGUCAAUGUUUCAAAUCCUGACUCAAGAAGCUUGGGUCGAAGUUAUGGACGAAACGAUGGUCCGAACCCAUCAUUUCAUAGCCCCAGUCGUCGCCAUUUAUUUCAUCGGUUAUCAUCUAUUCGUCACAUUGAUCGUGUUAAGUCUUUUCGUCGCUGUCAUUCUCGACAACUUGGAGCUCGAUGAGGAACUUAAAAAAACAAAACAAAAAAGCUUAUGCGCCCAAAGUGCAGAAAUCAAAGAAACACUUCCCUUUAGAUUACGAAUAUUUGAAAAAUUUCCGGCCAGUCCGCAAAUGACCUGCCUCCAUAAAGUUCCCUCAGACUUUAAUCUUCCAAAAGUUCGGGAAAGUUUUAUGCGACAAUUUGUCCUGGAUAUUGAGGACGAGAAGAAUGAAGCUGCCAAGAGGAUGAAUGAGACAUUCGACUCAAAGAUGGUGUAUAGAAAACAGAGGCCAGUAAAGAUUCUGAAUAAUCCGCCGAAAGUUAGAAAUGUUGUAGUUAGUUUGAAGAAAGCCGCUGUUAUCUACAUAAUUAAUGACUCGAACAACCAGAGACUACUUUUGGGGGAUUCCGCAAUGAUUCCAGUACCCGGAAAAGGUCUUCUAAAACCUCAAGGUACACUCAGCAGUGCAAAACAACUCCGCAUAGACCAGAAAAAAUCAAUUCGUAGAAGUGUUAGAAGUGGUUCAAUUAAACUAAAACAAACGUAUGAGCAUUUAGUAGAGAAUGGAGACAUCGGAGCGAUAAAUAGAGUGACUUCAUCGAGAAGUACUCCUAAUCCUGAUUGGGAUAUGAAAGUACUGCAGGCCAAGAGACAACAGGCGGAAAUGAGGAGGAAUCAGCGGGAGGAUGAUUUGAGGGAAAAUCAUCCGUUCUUCGAUACUCCAUUGUUUGCGGUACCAAGGGAGAGUAAAUUUCGAAAAAUCUGUCAACUGCUCGUUUAUGCUAGGUAUGAUGCAAGACUCAAGGACCCUUUAACAGGGAAGGAACGUAAGGUGCAAUAUAAAAGUUUUCAUAAUUUUCUUGGACUAGUUACGUAUCUGGACUGGGUAAUGAUAUUGGUCACAACAUUGUCCUGCGUUUCCAUGAUGUUUGAAACCCCAAGAUAUCGAGUUAUGGAGAUUCCAGGACUUCAAAUAGCUGAAUAUGGUUUUGUUAUAUUCAUGAGCGUCGAAUUGGCUCUGAAAAUACUGGCUGACGGACUAUUCUUCACUCCCAAAGCUUACAUCAAGGAUGUCGCAUCUGUUCUUGACGUUUUUAUUUAUAUUGUGAGUUUGGUUUUUCUCUGUUGGAUGCCAAAAAACGUCCCCCCGAAUUCAAGUGCUCAGGUGCUGAUGAUUCUCCGCUGCGUGAGACCCCUCCGAAUAUUCACUCUAGUGCCUCACAUGAGAAAAGUUGUCUACGAAUUGUGCAGAGGAUUCAAAGAAAUUCUCUUGGUAUCAAUUCUCCUCAUUUUGCUGAUGUUCGUCUUCGCAAGUUACGGAGUACAGCUCUACGGUGGCAGAUUGGCCCGUUGCAAUGAUCCAACAAUAACAUCACGUGAGGAUUGUGUCGGUGUAUUCAUGAGACGAGUAUUCGUAACAAAAAUGAAGUUAAAACCCGGUCAGAAUGAGAGCUAUCCGUCCAUCUUAGUGCCACGAGUCUGGGCCAACCCAAAACGCUUCAAUUUUGACAACAUUGGUGAUGCAAUGCUGACAUUAUUCGAGGUAUUAUCGUUCAAGGGUUGGCUGGACGUCAGAGAUGUGCUCAGUAAAUCACUGGGACCUGCCCAUGCUGUUUAUAUUCAUAUCUACAUUUUUCUGGGAUGUAUGAUUGGUUUAACACUCUUUGUGGGUGUUGUUAUUGCCAAUUAUUCGGAGAAUAAGGGCACCGCUUUGCUCACUGUUGAUCAGAGAAGAUGGUGUGAUUUGAAGAAGAGAUUGAAAAUUGCUCAGCCACUUCAUCUGCCGCCCAGACCCGAUGGAAAGAAGUUUCGCGCUUUUAUUUAUGAUAUUACCCAGAAUAUAUCUUUCAAAAGAUUCAUUGCGUUGAUGGUGGUCUGCAAUAGUGCAUUGUUGGUGGUUUCGUGGGUGAGUGGAGCCGCAUAUGCCGAACAUCUAGCCACGGUCUCCAUGAUAAUGGUCCUGGGAUUUGUUGUCGAAGUGAUAAUGAAAAAUAUCGCAUUCACACCACGUGGAUACUGGCAAUCCCGGCGAAAUCGUUAUGAUUUACUUGUAACAAUUGUCGGAGUAAUAUGGAUAAUAAUGCAUUGCAUGAUGAAGAAUGAAUUAUCCUAUUCCAUCGGCUACAUGUCUGUUAUUCUUCGAUUCUUCACAAUAACCGGCAAACACACGACAUUGAAGAUGCUGAUGCUGACGGUGGGAGUGUCCGUCUGCAAGAGUUUUUUCAUCAUCUUCGGAAUGUUUCUUUUAGUAUUUUUUUACGCUCUUGCUGGAACAAUUAUUUUUGGAACUGUUAAGUAUGGCGAAGGUAUUGGAAGAAGGGCGAAUUUUGAAUCACCUGUGACGGGUGUUGCGAUGCUCUUCAGGAUCGUCACCGGCGAGGAUUGGAAUAAAAUCAUGCACGACUGUAUGAUAGAGCCACCUUACUGCACCCCAGCUGCCAAUUACUGGGAGACUGAUUGUGGAAAUUUUCACGCUUCGCUAUUCUACUUCUGCACUUUUUACGUUAUUAUUACGUAUAUUGUGUUGAAUUUACUUGUGGCUAUUAUCAUGGAGAACUUUUCCCUCUUUUACUCCAACGAAGAGGAUGCGUUAUUAUCCUACGCUGACAUCAGAAACUUUCAGAACACGUGGAACGUCGUGGAUAUUCAUCAACGGGGUGUGAUACCAGUCAGAAGGGUGAAAUUUAUACUGCGACUGCUGAAGGGUAGACUGGAAACAGAUCCUCAGAGGGAUCGCCUGUUAUUCAAGUACAUGUGUUAUGAGCUAGAGAAGUUGCACAAUGGAGAGGACGUUACGUUCCACGACGUCAUCAAUAUGCUAUCAUACCGUACAGUAGACGUUCGAAAGGCAUUACAACUCGAGGAGAUGUUGGCACGAGAGGAGUUCGAGUACCUCAUCGAGGAAGAGGUGGCAAAGCAGACGAUUCGAACGUGGUUGGAGGGAUGUCUGAAAAAAAUACGAGCCACUGGGAAACAGCAGAACAGUCUCAUUGUGGGCCUAAGAGCAACAAACGAUCUGGCAGUGACACCUCAAGAUCAUCCGGAGGAGAAGAGCCAAGAGAGUAGUGUCGAUCGUGAGGAAGAACCCGAAGCAAAGGAGACUGAGGGAUUGAGAAAUCGGGGAGGAAAGAAGCCUGUUGUAUUACCUAGGUCAGAUAGCAUUGGUAGCAGUUCAGGGAGAAAGUAUCUUGCACCAACAUUAUCAGAUCCUGCCUCCGUCCGCAGUGAGAAGGAGAAACUCGCUGCCACUAAAAAACGUAGUAGCCGGCCAGCACCUCUGGUCAAAAAUAAUUUGCCUUAUUUAACGGAAGGAGCUGAGCAAAGUCGUCAGCCGCGCGACUCAUCGAACACGAAAGCAACAGCUCCAAAAGUAUCAAGUAUAACGUUGGAGGUACGCGAUUGGUGGCGCGAGCAAUUGGCGUAUAGCAGUGAAUCGAGUGAAGAUGAGUUCUGAAAAAUCUCGAUGUUCUACGUGAGUUUGAAAAAAUCAUAAAAUUUCUCUACUAGUCGUUCCUCGAUGUGGAACAACUAAUUACAAGAGGAUAUGAUGAAUUCAAGGCCCAGUCUGCUGUGAAAGGCGGACCCUCUGAUGGCCGUGAUAACGAUAAAGUCAGUUACUCGACUUGACUCUUCUUAUCUACUACUCUAACGGCGCUGUAGAUACGCCCUCCUAGAUUAAGGGAGGUUACAUUACUUGAUGAGAAAUUUCGAAGAUAUCAAUGGAAUUUUGAUUUUUAGAAUUUCUCAUGAAAAACUAAAAUAUUCUGAUUUUUAACUCAUAAAAAUCUCAAUAAUUUUCUAUUUUCCCUAUUUUUUACCAUUUGUUUGAAUUGAUUCAAAGUUAUUCUUCGUAAAACCAAUUUUAAAUGAAAAAUUAAUGUCUAGUGUUUUUUUUUACAUGAAAAAGAGUGGUGUGACCUCCCUUAACAUCCGUGACGAAGAAUGCAUAAAACUAUUGAAAAAGCAGAGAAGAUAACGCACACGAGAAAUUUUUUUAUUUCUAGGAAAAAACAAAGUAUUUUAUCAUCGAAAUGUUUUUUCGUGUUUCUGGGUGCCUAAUCACAUGAAUCGAAACAUAAUUCCUUAUCACUAAUUUUAUUUUGUUUUUACGAGUGAUAAACUGGAGAUUUGAGGGGUAAAGAGGUGAAGCCCUUACGUUAAUUGUUUAAUCAUCUCGAUUAUGGAUGGCGAGACGAGUAAAAUUUGAAGAAGCUUUUUCGAAAGGUUGAAAAUUCUUAACGAAAAGGAACUCUGGGUGUCAGAUUCGAAUGAAUGAAUUCAUAGCUUUAAAUUAGAGAAUGUGAGAAACGAAACGCCCAGAUUUUUCAAAAAAUUUUCAAGUAAUUGUUAAUGCGAUUAAAGUGUUCGUAGCUCGGAAGUAGUAGAUUAGGUUUUUUUUGUUGAACUGGGCCGUGAGUAUUGAAAGAAAAAGCCAUUUUGAGCCGUCACUCAAUCGAUUAAAUAUUAACAAAUCCACAUUUGGAGAGAACAGAUCUACUAGAUAUUAACGAAUAUUAAAAACAUACUCACUUAUCGAAUAUUUCAAAAAUAUCAGACGUCCGCUGCCCUAAUAAUUAAAACAGAAUCAUAAAUAACUCGUUUCACCUCUUCAUCCCUCAUCUCAAACCUUUAAAUAAAAAAUAAUAAUAAUCAGGAUGAAUUCGUCGAAAUAAAAAAAAAUGAAUGAACAUCGCCUGAUUGUAGAGACUGCUCGAUAAACAAAUAACUAAAGAAAAUUAAAUAAAUAACUCAAAUUGAUGUUGAAAAGUAAUCUAGAAUUUGUACGUAGAGACGAUUAGAUUUUUUACGAGUGGUCUGCCACAGCCACACUCCCGCCCCCCUCCCCCCGCCCCCCUUCUCCCUCCUGCGUCCUGGCACAAGUGAUAGCUCUUACGUUUGUAUUUGCGAAAUCGUCGGAGUUCGCUGUUGAGAGAAAGAAAAACCAAAAUGUUUAAAAAAAAAACGUUUAAAAACUAAAAAAAAAAAAUAUAUAAGGGCAACUGUUAGUACAAUGAGCGCAGGAUACGAUUCGAUGAAAUCAUUUUAGCGAUGGGAAACGAUCCGGCUCCUCUUAUUAAAUAAUUAAGCGUUUAAAAAAUGAAAGGAAAAAAUGAGAAAGAUUUAAGUUAAGUCAAUUAGACGUUAUACUGCAUGUUACAGACUGAGUGAUGUUAGAUUUUUUACGAUAUUUAAUGAUGAAAAAAAAUAAUGCCUAACAACAAAAAAUGUAAAACACACCGGGUCUAAAUAGUUUAUUAUUCCCUCUGAUUUUUUCUAUCCAAUUGCCAAAAUAUUACACAGACGAAAAUCAAAUUAUACAAAGAAUACUUUUCUCCGUGUUGGGCAGAAAAAAAAAUGAAUAAAUUAUCACUACCAUUGGGAUUAUUCUGUGAUAAACUGGUAAUUAGUGGGAUAUUGAUUGAAGAGAAUUGCUAUAUUUGUUUCGAAUAAUUUGAGAAAACUUUUGGAUGAGGCAGAAGAACGGAGAAUAGAACAAUAUCACUUUUUCUGUGAGCGCUGAUUAACUUUUGUUAUUCAUAACAAAAUUUUGAUUCAAUAUUUAAUCCUAUUCGUUAUCAAUUUAUUACAGAAUUUACUAUUUGUAUUCACGGAUUACAGGCGUUAUUAUUGUUGAACGAUUGCGUAUCGUGAUGAUUGUUUUCGAGCGUAGUAGAUUACCAAAAACGUUAUUUAUUUUGAUAUUGAUAAUAAAUUCAGUAAUUCGAGUGGUGAAAUGUAAAACAGGUUUUUGAUAUUUGGGUAAAUCUCAAGUUAUGUCAAUAUAACGAAAAAGAUCCUAGAUGAACAAUAAUACUAUUGACAAAAUAUUUACAAUCAUUAACGCAUUUUUUAAUGGAGUUCUGAAUAUAUUCUAUAGUUUGAGUAUAAAUUGUCAUUACAGUUACUAAAUUUUCGGGAAUUAUUAUGCACAAAUUCCAUAUUGUUCUCCUCUUUUUCGAUGUGAAGGUGAAAAAUAUUUAAUUAUAAAUCUAUCUGCAUAAUUAAUUUAAUUGUUUCGUCAUUUCGUAUCGGUGGAAUGUUUAUGAAAAAAAUUAGUUGAGAAUAAUUUUGUUUCAAAAAAAAUAUCUCGUUAAUUUUUUUCGUAAAAUCAUUCCUAAGACAUGAAAACAAAACCAUGAAAAAUCAGCCUGUUAUUCUUCACCACUUAAUUACUGAAUAAUAACGUAACGAAUAUGAUGAAAUGUUCCACCAAAAAGAGCAUCAAAGUAUUUCAUUAAUUAAUAGCAUAGAACUAUUAAUAAAAACAUCAAGAGAAAGCCUCGAGAAUUUUCUUUGAGUUUCGCUGGGUGAAACUUGUAUAUUUUUUAUGAGGCCAAUUGGCAGAUGUAUUCGCAGAUAAUUACUUUGUAGAUUAGCUGAUACUUGAAGUGUUAUUAUUUAAUGUAGUGUAAAGGACAAUAGAGUAUACGUGGAUUUAUGAAUGCGCAAAUGAACAUAAUUGUUAAGGAAAAUAAGAAAAAAAAACACAAGAUAAAGAUCAAGGAGAGUGAACAUUGUAUCAACAGCCUAAAGAUUAUAACAAUUGAAUUCGAGUAUUAUGAGAGAUGAUUGCCAAGGAUGUAUACACUGUCACAGUAUGAGUUGAUUUUAUAUAAAUAUUUACAUGGAAAACAAAAUUAAAAAUAUGACAUUAGACAACGUAAGCCAUUAUAACGUUUUACGUUGACGUGAUAAAUGUUGAAUAAUUGUUGCCUAGUUUAUGUGCCAAUGUGUUGUAAUAUAUAGAGCUAAUAAAUGUUACUAGAUAAAGUAAUGAAA